AAUAUUAAACUAAUAUAUCUCAUGCUUAUUACUUAAUAUGGAAAUCUUUUGACUUGCAAAAUUUGUACCACAGUUGUUCUAAGUGGCAAACAGGUACCGUUAUUGUAAGUGUCUGAGUGAGCGGUAAGAAUCAAUAAACUUUUUUUUAGUGUUAUACAUAUUUAAAACAAACUUAUUAUAUUAUUUUUUUGGUUUCUUUUACAUUCUUAAAUUCAUUAAGAAACUCAUUAGUUGCAACUAAUUUAUGCUUUAAUGGUAUAAUGGGUAGACACGUAUUUAAAGGAGAAUUUAAAAAACAUUUACUUAGUAAUUUUAUGUUGCCAUCUAACACAAAUAUAAGGUGCCUGAAUGGACACGUUUUGUUUCUCUAUACUAGCAAUGAUGAGUUGUUUACCAAAACAGUAGCAAAAGUCAAUGACCAUUUUAACUUGAAUAUUUGCUCCAGUCAUAUCAAAAAAGUAGUGUCCAUAGCCAAAAACUGGUCUAAACAUUUUUUAAGGGAAUAUGAAAGUUGUGUUGCAUUUUGUAAUAAGCCCUUUAUAAACCAUGCACAAACGAUUGCAAUUUCAUCGCAGCUUACCUUAAGUAGCACUAAUUACACACUAUCACAUUCUUCUGUUUUUUCAUUAUCAGAACACACCAGUGUCACAUCUCUGAUAAGUGAUGAACCUUCAUGUUCUGUUGGCCAUAAAGCAAUUUUAACAACUAGGCAGACUUCAAUAGAAAAAUUGAGUCCUACAAAGAAUUUAACAAAUUUAGCAAAUUUAACAACUAGGCAGACUUCAAUAGAAAAAUUGAGUCCUACGAAGAAAAAAUUAACUAACCACUUGUCUCAUUUGUCUUCUAGAUUAACAAUACCUUCCAUAGCAAAUCGUAAGAAGAUAGCUUCAAUGAAAGCAAAAUUAUCAAGCCUGCCAUAUAAAUUAAAAGUUCUAAGGCAAAGUGUUAAAAGAAAAGAAGAUAUUAUAAAAGCUUUAAGAGCUCAGGUUAGAGACUUAAAACAUAAAAACCAAACAUAUUAUUACAGCAGGCAAAUUCGCAAUCUUGUUGCAUCAAAAAAAGCAAUAAAAAUCAAAGAGAGAAAAAAGUUUAGAAAGUUAGCUCUCAAACAUAAUGCUGCGAUUAGAAAAAAUAAAACAGAUAUUACUAGCUUAGAAGAUAGUUUGACCCAAAUGGAUGAGGACAAGAUAAGUAUUACAAAUUCAACUGAUUGUAAAAGCUAUCCAUUAAAAAUGAGAAUGAUAAUAUACUGCAUGUUAUUGUGUAAUGUCCCAACAAGUAACAUUCCAUUUCAAGAAGACAAAAUUGGGCAAUAUUUCAGUAUUAUUUUUUCUCACAUUCCUUGCCGUACUACUAUUGAGCAAAUGGCUCGUGAGCUUGGCAGUAUUGCUGAUCUACAGGCAGCUGAAUGGAUCAUUAGUAAUACUCAUCUUACUCUUGGGUUUGACGCAACUACACAAGAAGGUGUUCAUAUCAACAGUAUUCACUUAACUUCAAAUGAUAAAUGCCAGGUAAUUGCUGUUGAUCAAUUACCAGGUGGGACAGCUGUGGAUUAUGCGAACCAUAUAUGUAACGAAGUGGAUCAUAUAGCUUUAGUAUAUUCUAACUUUCACUUGAAACCCUUUGAUGAAUGUUGUCGUAUGGUCAUCUCAAAUAUUUCAAACACAAUGUCGGACAGAGUAUCUGUUAAUCAUCUUACAAUAAGAAAAAUUUGUGAAACUUGGGGUAAAAGUCUGAAUGAAUUAAACUGUCAUUUGCACCCCCUUGACACAAUUGCCACAUCAUGUCGUUCAGCUUUAAAGUCUCUAGAGCUCGAAAGCUGCGAAUUAUAUGGAAAUGAUUGUAUAGCGGCAAAAAUUGUUUUGGCUAUGAAUAAGAUGAGGUUCAAAGAUGGCAAAGGUGACCCGAAGGGAUUUGUUUAUUUUUUAGACAAUAAUAAACUACCACGAGGUAUCAUUCCAAGGUAUCGUGGAAAUCGCCUUCACAUUCUGUUCCACACUUGUUUUAUUUUUAUAAAACAUUAUAGCAAAUUUUUACAUUUUUUAACUAUAGGAACAGUAAAAAUAAAAACUUUACAAAGGGUUCUGCGAGUAGCAUUUUGUAAUACAACUGCUAUAAAGCAAAUGUGUCUACUUGCUUUAUUUGGAAAACUUCUUACAGGGCCGUGGAUGACAAUGUUUUAUGUGUCAUCUGAGAAAGCAUAUUUUGAUCAUGUUGGUGGUAUCCAGAUUGUUAAAAAUGUUGUGCAAACAAUUAAAGACUGCAAAUGCGAUCCAGCUGCAAUAUUUUACAGAACAACAGAUUUUUUUGGAAAUGCUCUCAAAGCAAAUGUGUUAGAACCAAUAACAAAAAUAUGCAUAAUUGAUGACGAGCUCAUUGCCAUGAUCUUGGCUUGCCUCAAUGCAAUAGAAGUGGUUUUAAAUCGACAGUAUAAACGCUAUUUUUCCAUUACCAUUACAGAAGCACUUGAAAAAGAAACAGCUAGUGCAAGACUUCAUAACAUAGAUAGUGAAGAAUUAAUGGGAAUGUUCAGUGCUGCAAAAGGAAGGUCUCCUAAUGCAUCUAUUGAUUAUAUAUCUUGCAAAUUACGAACCAAAAAGAAUGGGACAAUGGCUUAUCUGGAUAAUCUUGAUGACUUUUCUUGAAAAAUGGUAGUUCAGUGGUCUAUGCAGGCAGCACAUAGAAAACGAAUAAAAACUCGACUACAACAUUCUGAAAUUAGAGCUGAGAUUUCUAAAAGACAGACUAUAAAACGCCAAAAAAUCGAUGAAAAAGAAAAAAGAAAAUUAGAGCAACAAUUAACAUUAUUAACUAUCAGUGAAAUUCUGAAUUUGUUUAAAAACUUAUCUACUAAGCAAAUUGAUGAUUUAAAAGAUGUUAUGUGUGAAAGAAUUGUUGGGAGAAAUCUUUGCCAUGAAUGGUAUGAUUCCGAUACAGCAAUGGCAGUCUUGUAUAAUGGCAGAGUAGAAAAACUUAAAAAAGCUCAGAAAGAUAUUAUAUACACUAUUUCUUACUGGACUAGAGAAGAAAAUGAUACUAAAGCAGUUGAUUAUUAUAUGAAAAAAUUCCAGCUAGUUGCUGACAUUGUAUCCGGUCAGAGGGGGAACCAUCUAUAACUAUCACAAAGCAUUGUGUGAUGUAUUUUGAGUUUUGGUUGUCAAAAAAAAAGGGGGGGGGGGGGAACACGCCCCCUCCCCCAUUUACACCGCUUGAAACAAGGGGUGCGCUGCUAGUGAUUUUGUAAAGUAGUAAAAUAUACUUUUUGAUUUGAAUA